AUGGACAUGGAGUUAAAGGCAUUUGAGGACGAACUACCCAACUUAUUUUUACGGAAGGAUGGGUUGUUGUGUCAUUAUGACAGUGAUAGAAACACCAGAAUAGUGAUUCCUCGUUGUCUCAUUCCGAGAGUACUAGUACACAUGAUGCAUAAUGAUAUGGGACAUUUCGGAUUCAAGAAGACCUUUCAAAGGAUCAAAGAUAAGUAUUUCUGGCCACAAAUGUCAUCUGAAAUUGAAGAUUGGUGCAGAAAGUACGAAGUGUUUUAACGUAGAAGGAAUCCGGUACGUUCCCAAAGAACUCCACUUCAAUCAAUUUCUACAUGCCGCCCGGGCGAACUGGUUACAAUGGAUAUUGUUGAGUAUGCACAAAAUUCUCGUAAAUAGCGUUAUUGUUUAGUGAUGAUUGACCACUUUACAAAGUGAUUAUAAUUAUUUCCAUUAAGAGAUCAGAAGGCGGAAACAAUCGCGAAGGAAGUGUUUGAUGGUUGGAUCCCUCGGCAUAGAGCACCGGAACAACUCCACCACGACCAAGGAAAGAACCUGACAGCUGAAAUAAUCCGUGAGGUAUGCUCGUUCCUAGAAAUCUGGAAUACACGGACAACACCUUUCCACCCACAGUCAGAUGGGGCGUCAGAGAGGAGCAUCCGAACCGUUAAUAACAUGUUAGUCAAGGUUGUUACUGAGGACCAACGGAAUUGUGAUUUGUAUGUGUCAUCUACUUGUUUCGCAUACAAUACAGCCGUUCACAGAACCACUGGUUUACGCCUAGUUAUCUCGAAUAUGGCAGGAAACUCCGUCUACCAAGCGAUGUUGUUAUGAAUGAUCAACAAACCCCAAAGAAUAACUCUCACACCGAGUAUGCAACAGAAUUGAAGAAAAGGCUUGCUAAGGCGUUCAAAUGCAGCAGGGAAACGCUCGAGUCAUCUUAUAGAACACAGAAACAUUAUUACGACAGGUGGGCGAGAGGAAACGUUUAUAAAGAAGGUGAUUUGAUCAUGUGGAAGGAUCAGGAAACCCGAAACGGAAGGUGUAUGAAGCUGAACAAACCAUGGACGGGCCCAUGGAAAGUUAUUAAACGCCUAGGGGAAGUUGUGUACAGAAUAAAGAACAUAGGCUCUAACAAAGUUGGGUUGAAGCGAAGGAUUGUCCAUCACAAUCAGUUGAAGAGAUUCUACGAGACCACAGGAGGAAGAGAAACAUGUACAAUCAGAACAAAUUUCUGGACAACUCGUAGCCAAUGAUGGUGAUACAGUUGAAAGCAGGAGCGAUGUUGUCAUUGUUGUCGACGGACCAGGUGCGGAUGACGAACACCAGAUACAACAACGAGAAGUCGAACCUGUGGUUUUGGAACCCGAAGGAAGACCUCAACGACAACGUAGACCACCUGCCUGGCUUGUUCCGUAUGAAAUAAAACAUUUAACUUGUGGUACACAGUUUAGUUUUGGAGAGGAUAGUGUAAGGACUGGAAACUAA